AUCAGCAGCUGUUUGACCUAAGUUAUGUUUGACAGCAGGAAGCGCUUGCACGUGUUUGCUGUUGCUUAGCCGCCCCCAUUCAACAGGAGCGAUUUUGGAGGUUUUGUCUUGAUUAAACAUGAAGAUUGCUGUACUUGGAGCGACUGGUCAAACAGGACAGCAGCUGGUGAAUCAGGCUCUUCAGCAAGGACACUCCGUCACAGCCGUCGUCAGAAACCCGGGAAAACUGACUGUAACACACGAGAACCUCAAGGUGGUUGAGGGAGACAUUUUUUCUGAAGACAGCCUGAAACCGCAUUUCAAAGGCCAGGAUGCUGUGUUGUCCUGUCUUGGCUUUCCAAUCUCAUUUUUUUAUGGAAUCACUGGCUACACCCAGUCUAUGACAGCAGCAUUAAAUGCUAUGCGUGAUGCCAAAGUGAAUCGAAUCAUCACCAUGACCUCAUGGUACACUGACCCUAAUUCAGGCUCCAAUUCUUCCUUACUCAUCCGCUUCAUGUUGCUUCCCAUGAUUAGAAGCGUUCUGAACAACAUGUAUGAAAUGGAAAACUUUCUUAAGCAGACUGAUGACAUCAACUGGACUGUUGUCCGGCCUCCUGGUCUCAAGAAUACACCAACAACAGCCAAUGAGUUCCUCACACAUGAAGGUUAUUAUGUCCCUGAUGAAAAUGGUCUGCCAAUCGGCCAGUCUGUGUCAAGAGGAGAUGUGGCUCGUUUCAUGCUCUCUCUACUCAAUAACAAUGCCUGGAUGAAGAAAGCUGUUGCUAUCAUCACCAAAUGAGUUUGCACUUUACUUGCUCAACGUGAACUAGAGAAAAA